AUGGACUUAUUAAAAACAAGCAGACAAAAUGAGAAGUUGCGCGAGCAAACUUACCGAUUGAUUGGCAUGUUUGUCUUAACUAGUAGCUAUUUUCUAGUAGAAAUUAUAAUAGGCUACAUUACAAAUUCUACAGCUUUGGUAGCAGAUUCCUUUCACAUGCUCUCUGACGUCAUGGCUCUUGUCAUCGCAUUGCUGUCGAUAAGGAUGUCCCCUAAGAAGUGGUCGAAGAACACUUUUGGCUGGGCAAGAGCUGAAGUUUUAGGCGCAUUAGUGAAUGCCGUCUUUCUAAUCGCACUUUGCUUUUCCAUCCUAGUAGAAGCAUUAAAACGGUUUUUUGAUCCCGAGGAAACUCACAAUCCUGUUUUGAUCCUUUACGUUGGUGGCGCUGGUUUACUUGUAAAUAUCAUCGGUUUGUUUCUAUUUCACGUAAGCAGUAGCCAGAUGAACAUGAAAGGAGUUUUUCUUCAUGUCCUAGCUGAUGCAUUAGGAUCUGUGAUCGUCAUCAUUAGUGCCUUGAUCAUUUGGCUGACAUCCUGGGAAUAUCGAUUCUAUGUUGAUCCAGUACUGAG